UCUCGGGUCUUUCCGGCUCCCCUCGGCUCUUCACGCCCACUCGUCUCCCGGAGCUUCAACCCACCAUGGACUGGACUUCUGACGGCUCCAGUGUCCUGGGGGACGGCGGCCUCCACGUCCACGGGCCUCACUGCCACAGCCACGGCCCCAGGUCCAGCGCCUUCUCCGGGGGGAUGAUGUUCGGAUCGGCCCCGGAGAAGAGCACCAUGGAGCAGCCCAAGAAGAGAUCGCACCUGGACGAGAGCGGCAGCUGGGACAUCGUCAAGGCCACGCAGUUUGGAGCGUUGGAUCGGUGUAAGGAGUUGAUUGAGGCGGGUUACGACGUUCGGCAGCCGGACAAAGAGAACGUGACGCUGCUGCACUGGGCGGCCAUCAACAACCGACUGGAGCUCACCAAGUUUUACAUUUCCAAAGGAGCCGUCGUGGAUCAACUCGGAGGAGACCUCAACUCUACACCUCUGCACUGGGCCAUAAGACAGGGGCACCUGCAGAUGGUGAUUCAGUUGAUGAGAUAUGGAGCAGAUCCGUCCAUCGCCGACGGAGAAGGAUACAAAGCCCUGCACCUCGCCAUCCUGUUCCAGCACAUGGCCAUCGCCGCCUACCUCAUGGCCAAAGGACAGGAGGUUGAUACUCCAGACUGUAAUGGACAGACUCCUCUGAUGUUGGCCGCUCAGAAAAUCAUUGGGCCCGAGCCGACCCACUUCCUGGUCCGUCACGAGGCGAGCGUGACGGCCGUGGACGCCUCCAACAGGAACACGCCGCUGCACUGCGCCGUGUUGGCCGGAAACGUGGACGCCGCCCACAUCCUGCUGGAGGCGGGAGCCAGUGUGGACGCACAGAACAGCAACGGUCACACUCCUCUGGACUUGGCUCAUCAGGUGCACAGUCCUCUGCUCAUCCACAUGUUAAACCUCGUCAAACAGGAGAGGGCGCACUCCAGCUCCCGCUGCCUCCGCCUCGCACACACACACAAGGCGUUCGUGCAGUUCGUGGUUUGCUCCGCUCUCUUCGGAAGCAUCGGUGCCAUUUUGGAUCUGGACUCCGAGUCGUGGCUCCUGAAGGGGAUUCUGUUGGCCUGUGUCAUCGGAGUCUGUAACCUCGUGUCACGACACACGCGCAGCCCGGAGUUCCAGACGGUGCUCCCCUCCUCUGCGCUCGUGGCCUCUGUGUUCUGGAUGCUGGUCACGUGGUUCCUCUGGUUCCUCCCUGAGAGUCCCGGGGCGCUGGUCCAGAUCCUGUUCACUCUAAACUUCACGUGUCUUUUGUAUUUUUACUUUCGCUGCUGCAGGACGGAUCCCGGAGUGAUCAGAGCCACCGAGGAGCAGAAGAAAAUGAACGUGUUGGUUUUGGCUGAAGCCGGCUGUUUGGACCCCAGAGUGUUCUGUACCUCCUGUAUGAUAAAGAAACCUGUGAGGACGUAUCACUGCUUCAUCUGUGACUCGUGUGUCGCAAAACACGACCAUCACUCCAUCUGGACCAACAACUGCAUCGGAGCGAGGAACCAUCACCUCUUCGUCCUCUUCCUCCUCUCCAUGUCUCUGAUGGGAGUCUGGAUGUUCUACGGCGCCGUGCUCUUCUGGAGGUCCCACUGCUCCUCUCUGCCGUCUGAAGCCCGGCCGUGGGCUCUGAUCUCUGGGUGUGUCUUCUCGUCUCCGUGGGUGUCGUCCAUCUUGCUGCUGUCUGUGUACCACAGCUGCUGGAGCUGCGUCACUCUGCUCGUGCAGCUCUACCAGAUCUCGUUUUUGGGUUUGACGACGUCUGAAAUCAAGAGUCUCGGAAAACUACGACAAAACAUGUCCCUGAGACAGAACCCGUACAAUCUGGGCGUGGUCAGAAACUUGGCCUCGUUCUUCCAGCUCAGAUGUUGUGGACUUUUCAAGGCGUCGCUCGUCGACUGGACUCAGCAGACGUCGCUGGACCAGAGUCUGUUUGGACCCAGCGACAUGGUCUGACCAAUGAGAGGGCGGCUUUAGGGACACGCCCACCCGCGGACCAAUCACAGAGCUGCUUUAGGGACACGCCCGCUGACGAACCAAUCGCAGAGCUGCUACGGACAGACGUUUUCUUUCUGACCGAUGAAAUGUCUCCAGCGCUUCUCUGGACCAAUCCCAGGCUCCGUUUUUGAAGACCAUCAACCAAUCACAGCCCUGUUCUCAAGACACGCCCACUUUUUUCAACCAAUCAGGAUUUAAACCACUACCGCGUCACAUUUUGGACCAAUCAGGCGGCUCCUUUUGUGACACGCCCCCAGAUCUGACCAAUCACAAGACGAAGGACCAAAGCACAGAGAUUUUAUUAUUUAUUUUUGUAGUUUGAAGGUUCAAUUCCUGUGUAAAAAAAAAAAAUCUGUGAAAAAAGCUGCUGCCUUAAACUGUAACCACUGACUUUUCUUUUUUUUUUUUUUAUUUACACCAAAUGAUUUGAAACUGAAUUUUUUAACGAAGACACACUGUGCAAACUGGACUUUUCAGAGAUUUGAAUCAUGUUCUACUAGUUUUUCUUCUCACUGAUCCUCGUGUUCUAAAACAACAAGGUUUUAGAGUCGUCCAUGCAUGUUUGAGUCAUCUAGGGAUCUUUCCUGGGCCCUAUUCAAGCCCUACUCACGCUUAAAAGUACGAGCAGUGUUGGGAAGGUGACUUUUAAAAUGUAAUCCCCUACAGAUUACAGAUUACAUACACCAAAAAGUAGUUUGUAACAUAAUCGAUUAAAUUACUUAAAGUGAGUAAUGUAAUCUGAAUACUUUGGAUUACUUGAUUUGCCGUAGAGAAACAAAGACGAGGAAAUCGUUUUGUCCAAUAAAAGAAAAUAAAAAGUCCAGACUUUACUGAACCAAAUUAAAAAUAUUAUUGAGAGACGACGAGACACGGUCCACACAGCAGGAUUUAGUCCUGUUCAAUCCUGUUUUAGAC